UAUUAGUCUACUAGGAUUUAUUAAUUAUUUAUUUGUAAUAUACAUAUGAUAUAUAUAAAGACAUAUUUACACAUACAGAGUUUACCUGUCCGAAGAUCUGAUAUUAAAAACUGUGAUAUAUCAUUAUAAAGGAUUUUGAUAAUAGAGAGGAACAGUUAAUCUAAAAUAUAAAUACUUGAGUUUGAUAGAUAGUUUGUAUUUAUCAAAUAGAAAGAAAAGGAGCAAUGUAGGACAUGCAUUUACUCUAAUAUUGCAUAUGUUCCAGUGAGAAACAGUGAGAAGUAUACUCUUUGGCAUAUCCACUAUCCAUUGUGCUGGCUUAUUGAAGAAAAUAACUCAGAAGUAAACUCUAAAUGAAAUAUAGACAUGCGAUGAUCACAGUUGCAGACAUAGAAAACAUAUUCACACGCUAGGGAUGUUUGAUCUGAGAAAUAAUAGAUCAGUAGAAUGGAUGAAAAACAUGAAAAAUUCAAGAUUAUGCUAAAUAGUAUGGAAUAGUCUCAUUGACAUUAGAGUGGAUAACUCCUAUUAAUACUCUUUAAACAGCAGAAACCUUACACUUAUUAACUGUAGGUGAUCCAACCAGAAGAUUUCCUGUUUUUCUGAAGUUCAUAGACAACCAGUUACGAGAUUACACGGAUCACAGAACAUGCAAUAAUCAUGAAGGAGAUUGGGACUUUGAAGUUCUCCUGUACAUUGAUAAAAUGCGGAAAUAUUGUCAGAUCUGAAUAGAGGGAUUUAUUGCUUGUCUGUGUUACAUGUAUGUAAGUGGAACAAAAAGUACAGAACUUGGUGACAUUACUUUAAGGUGACAUGAGACAACCAGAAGAGGAUAUGUUAAGUUGACUUCAAUGAAAUGUCAUCUCUGUGAAGGAUCUUAUAAUACAGAAAGCGUCUGUUUACUUCAAUAGGAUUAUCAACAUAGAGAAAUAUAACAUAUCUAUGAUAUAUUAUUUAUUGUUUAAGUGCCAUCUACAGCCAGGAACUACAUGUUUUAUAGGGUGUGUAUAUUCUGAUUCAGCCUAACUAAAUUACAAGGAAUCUCUUGACUGAAGUGACAUAUUGCAACACUUUGGGCAAGAUACAAGAGCAAACCCAAUGCCCCCUUAGCAGAAUUGAACUAGUGAUUUAGCCUAGUGUGUGGCAAUUCUGUUGAAUGUUAGGUCAACUUUAGUAGAUUGUCCAUUAUGAUUGAACUUUGCAAGACCACGUAGAUUUGCCUUCAUUUGCUAGCCUACCAUGGGGAAUAAGCUGUGUGCCCCCUUGUGGAAGAAGCACUACAGAGAUGAUAUCUCACCUUGGAAGAAAGAUGCCCAUCUCCUCAGGCUAUGGGCAGAGAUCUUCCAUGUUGAAGAAUGGGAGAAUGAAGUGCGAUGGGAAAGAAUCUCAGAUGACGUUGUACCUGUCAAUAUCAUCUGUGUCCAAGAGACCCCAGAUACAAUAUUCCAAAUCUCAGCUUAUAACAGACACGUUGAGAAGAUCUUUGAUGUUAGACUCCGCCAACCAGGUACCAAGAUAAAUAUAGUGUCAGAGACAUUUGUACAAUGGAAAGACAGCCGCACACUCCAGGAGUGGGGACUCAACUUUACUAGUAUAGAUGAUGUGAGGCGCUUCAGAGAUUGCUGUUCGAUACAUAGUCCGACUCACAGAAUCAACCGCCAGACCACAUCCUCUAGUUCUCUCAAGCUGAGCCCCCCUAAGAAACAAAAGACACUUGAGUACUUCAUACAGUUUGAUAGGUUACGUAGCAAGAGAGGUAUCUCUGCCCCAACAUCCCCUGUAGGGACACCCAGAAGAGCCCUUUCGACACCAGACGAUCUUUCGACCAAUAACAGUCUAGAUGAUGAUGAUGAAGGAGGAUUUAGACCCAGCACAGUGGAAGCUGUUGCAACCCUCCCUAGAGGGCGCAGCAGGCAUAUUCCUGAUGCGAGAACCAUAUUUGGACCCCAAGGGGAAAUCAUUAAGCCCCAAUCUAACAACUCAGUGUAUGAUAAUGUUAGUUAUGGAGGAGCCCCACGAAGGGCAACUAAAUAUGACCGUUAUGACAGUGGAAGUAAUUCACUGCGCAUGUACAGACCUCAUAGUGAUUAUGGCAGUAAAACAAUUCAAGAAGGGGAACAUUUCAAACCUGCAUCUAUUGAGGCUCGUGAUCAUGAACAGAGCAGUGCUCAUCAGAAUAGUAAUGGUAAUAUUAUAAGGAGCCCUUCCAAACAGUCAGAGACCCCUUCUAAUGUGUAUCAACAACAAAGACAAUCAUCAAAUAAAGGUGGUUUACUUUUACCAGGUUCAGAUCCAAACAGUGGUGCGUCUCAUGACAUAUCUCCCUUAACACCACCCCAUAAUAGUCAUUCUUCAAGCUCCCCCGAUUGGCCCCUUCCACCUGAACCCCUCACACCAACUACACCAAAAAACCCAGUUUGCGUUGCAAGUUUUGAUAGUGGAACCCUUGAGCGGAUGUUACGAUCUUUACCAGCAUCCCCGAGGAAGGGGACACAACAGCAGGUAUUCAGCUUUAACAAUAUUAAUAACACAAAUACAACGAAUACCCCAAUGAAACAAAAUAUUCCCCCAUCUGAUAUAAGUAGUGAUAACAAUGACACAGAUGAGGAGGAUGGUGCUUGUGAUGUUGAGGGUGAUUAUUAUGACAAUGUAGAAAUACAUAAAAUGUUGAAUAAGCCAAUUAUACCUGAUGAUCACAUUCAAGAACCACUUAAAAGGCUGAGCCCAAGGUUUCACCAGGAGGACACCUAUAUUCAGAAUGUCCAGCAGGAUCCACGCUUGGUUAACAAACAAAAUCGGGAAAACAUAGAGUAUGAGCUGCAUUUGCGGAACCAGUGUGUCCGUGAUAGUUACCCUGAUAGUGGUAUAGGUGGCAUGACUUACUCUGGAACAGGAUCUACAAAAUCUGCAGACAGUUUGAGAUCUUCUACUCUACCACCAGGUCUGCCAGGGCUGGGUAAGAUGACCAAGGCAAGUCACCCAGCCAGUAGCAGUGGGGGAAGCAGUAGCAUAAGUGACAAACAGAGUGACCUGCUACAUCCCUAUGGGUCUGAGGGUACAGGCAGCUCUAGUGGCAGAAGACGGGGUCUCACAUCAUCUGAGGUGUCUGAUGAUGAGGGAGACAGUAAUAGCAGCAUUCACACAGCAGUCUCUGAAUCCCAUGGUUCAUUUGUGCGCCAGAGUGGGGCCAUUAGGAAAGCUGGGUGGUUAAAUGUGAAGAACUGGUUGAUUCAUAAGAAGAGAAAGGUAGAGUUGGCCUCUAAAAGGAGCUGGAAGAAGUACUGGGUGUGCUUGAAGGGAACCACAUUGCUGUUCUUUACAUGUGAUGAACAGAGCUCUCUAUCAGAAGACACUGCACCAAGACAUAUGCUGGUGAUAGAAGGCAGUAUUACACAGGCAGUGCCUGAGCACCCUAAGAGAGACAAUAUAUUCUCACUGAGCACAGCAUUUGGAGAUGCCUACUUGUUCCAGGCACCAACCCAGAUAGAGCUGGAGAACUGGGUGACGAGUAUACACUCCGCAUGCGCGUCACUGUUUGCAAGGCAGCAUGGGAAGGAUAACACAUUGAAACUAUUGCGCUCAGAGAUACAGAAACUUGAUAAUGGAAUAUGCUCGGACAUCAAGAUGAAAAAGAUGGCUGAUCUCCAACUGACUGUGGUGACAGACCCCAAGAGUAAGGCUGCUAUAGUGAAGCAGAUAAACCAGUGGGAGGAGAAUCUGGAGAAAAUCUACAUAGAGCAGUACAGACUUAGGUGCUAUAUGGCAUCAUUGCAGGGCUCAGAGCUUCCAAAUCCAAAGAACUUGCUCACAAAUGUUUCCAAGGCAACAAAGAGUUUGUUGGGACGGUUAGGAGUGUUCACAGUGACAUCUUUCCAUGCUCUUGUCUGUGCCCGGUCCCCCAUGUCUAUGACCUUAUAUGGGAAAAGUGGAAGAAAAGGUCAGGGGUCAAAGGUGACAAAACAGGAUGCUCUCCUGAGGAGCAAGAAAAAGGCAUCUGGAGCAUUAAGUCCAACCCAAGGGUCUGUGUACAAGGUGUCAGAUAUUGAUGAGAAUGCAGUGGUUGACUUCACCAAGCACAAUGUAGAUAAUCCAGAAGAGCUGGGAAGUCCCAGGGGAGAUCCAAUGACAUACAAUGAUAAUCUCAUCAGAGUCAAAUUGCCAAAUAAUCAAAGUGUCAUAGUUGGUCUAACUCAGGAAAACAUGACCAUGCAAGAGGUGCUGGAGGCUGCAUGCAACAAGCGACAACUCAACCCUGGAGACCAUUUCAUACGUCUUAAGCUACAAGGGCUGAACAAUUACCUGGUGCCAGAGAAGUCUUCUUACCUCCAACAGCAGCCAUACGAGGGCAUUGAGGUAUGUGCCAAAACUAUCUUCCAAAUAGAGCUGUCCAGAAAUGAAACAAUCCCCGAUUUUGGAUUUGAAAUUGAAGCUGAGCUGGCAGAAGAUACGGAACGUGAUGAUGAACUUUGUGUGUUUGUCAGUGAGAUGAAGGAGGGUGCUCUUGGACAGACUCAAGGGCUUAUAGUGGGGGAUGAGAUUCUAGUCAUCAAUGGUCGCGUCGUCUCAGAUCUGGACAUGGUCUACAUUGAGGCCCUACUACAGGAGUGCCCUACGGUUUGUUUGACGAUACGAUCAUGUCGCACUGAACGUCCAACGCAAUCCACAUUACUUAUGCGUCAUGCAGAUGUGUACAUUGAUAACAUGAUGUGCCCCCCUCCACCAACACAAUCAAGAAUUAGUGAUAAAAUUAUUGGGGAUUUGAUCAUUCCCGCACCAACUUGGGUGGACUCAGGAGGAAGAGGUGACCAACCAACUAGAAUGGUACCACAUGAUCUCUCUAACAAGCACAUCGACACAUUACUAAAGGGGACUGAACAAGUGACUGUCCUGUGCCGCGAUCUCUAUGGCAACCUGUAUGAUGGUCUUGAUGCAAAGAAUGUUCCUAUGGCUCAACCAAUGAGUGGAGCCCAGAGGGUCAGAAAGGUCAUCCUUGAGCUUAUUGACACUGAGAGACAAUACGUGAAGGACUUGAACUGUCUGAUAGAGAGGUACCUGGAGCCCCUACAGGCAGAGACAUUUCUCUCCAAUGAUGACAUUGAACAACUGUUUGGCAACAUCCAGGAGAUUGUGGCCUUCCAGCGCCAGUUCCUGCUCAGCCUGGAGGAAGCUGUGGAGCUAGAGCCAGACUUCCUAACCAUAGCAGACACCAGACACUUCAGGAGGAUCUUGUUCUCAUUGGGAGGUUCAUUCCUGUACUAUGCCAACCACUUCAAGCUUUAUAGCUCAUUCUGUGCCAGCCACUCCAAGGCCCAGAAGGUUCUCAAUCCAGAUGAUAACACUCCAUUAAAAGAGUUUCUACGAGCUCGUAAUCCUAAACAACAGCAUUCAGCAACUCUAGAGUCAUACCUGAUCAAACCCAUACAGAGAAUACUGAAGUAUCCCCUGCUUCUACGACAGCUGAAGAGUCUUACCAAUCCACAGUCAGAUGAGCACAAUCAUCUCUCAGAGGCACUCAAGGGCAUGGAGGCAGUGGCUGAACACAUUAAUGAGAUGCAGAAGAUAUAUGAGGAGUAUGGGGGAGUGUUUGAUGAACUCAUGAAGGGCUACAAGGAGACACAUUCCCUGUCACAUAGCAAGAUCAUAGAUCUGAAUGUGGGAGAACUGCAAAUGUAUGGUAAUGUAGAAUGGAUGAAUGCACAUGAAAACAUUGGCAAGAUCAAGAAGGGAAUGGAGGUUGUCAGCACAUGCUUUGUUUUCAGGACUGGCGUCGUUCUACUCUGUCGGGAACGCAUGAAGAAAAACUCUCGUAAAAUGAACCACAAUAAGAAUCAGUUGCCCAAUGAGAAUGGCUCAGAGAUAACUAGGUUCCAUGUGUUCAUACCUGUCUAUGAGGUGCAAGUACGCAGCACACCAGGCAGUGAGGGGGACACGCACCACAUGUGGGACCUGGUACACCUCAAAUCUGAGACAGAGGGGCGGCCAGAGAAAGUCUUCCAAAUGGCUAAUGGGUCAUUUGAUGCCAAGAAUGACUUCAUUAAGACAACACGGCAGAUUAUACGAGAGAGUGUACGGAGAAUGACAGUACCCCCGAGAUUACGGGCAGGAUUACCCCCACUCCCUAACAGACAGGUCUCAGCCCCCUCAGGUGAGAGGUCAUUGGGGUCAAGUAGCAGACGGAAAGGUCAAAGGUCACGUGAUGACAUUCAACGUCACUCGAUGAACCUAGACGAACACAUCAGUAUUCUAGAUCAUGAUGGAAAUUUUCGAACUCGCAGUCAAACAUAUACUGAUUUGCACAAUCCUGAUGGAAUAUCUCAGAACAGUCUAUCAUCUUCUAAUAUGAGUCGACAUGACUCAGCCCGACUUUUAUACUCAAGUAGUAACCCAUUGACAUAUGCUAGUAAUACAAUUCUAGAGGAUGUUGGCUCUCCAGUUUGGAAACCACGGCAAUUAACCGUGAAAGACAUCAACGAGCCAAAAUCUCCAGAUUCGCAGCGAUCGCAGCGUCUCAAUACAACAGUUUUUAACACCCCAGGGUAUGGGGACUACUCUAGUGCCCUCUAUAAUGAUCAUAACGGCUCUAUGACACUAACGCCACCUAAUGCUUAUUUUGAACAGGUAGACACUGAUACAGAGUGCUAACACAUACUUAUUACUCAGGAGUUCUCUCAUAUUCUUGAGUAAAAUGCAUGGAAUGAACAGGGCCUGAGUGAGAUUUUAGACAUAGGUUGAUUAAGCAUUGUAAAAUAGCAUUUAAUGGACAGCAUUGUAAUACUGAUAUUUUACAGUUGAACCUAUGUGUAUUGAGCACCUUUUACAUUGAAGAAAGGUGUACAAUGAAUGUUAUGAACUUGUGUAAAUCCAUGGAAGUAUCAUGCUAAAAUUUAUGUGUUCAGUUGUCAUGUUAUUGUGUACUGUGUGUCCUGGAAUGUAUUGCCAAAUGUGUCAUUCAUCUAAUUGAAUGCAUUUCCAAAUGUGUCAUUCAUCUAAUUGAAUGCAUUUCCAAAUGUGUCAUUCAUCUAAUUGAAUGCAUUUCCAAAUGUGU